AUGAAUCAGAAGGUCACUACUUUACUAUUCAUCGUCUCUUCGUUGGUGUUGGUAAACACCAAUGCAUCCCAUAAACGAGUGAAGCGUAUGAGGCUCCUGACAGACACCGACGAUCGAACCGAGCACACUGAUGCGUUUUAUGACACUAUUUUUUCUUCUGAAAAUUCAGAAAAACUUUUUACGAAAGAUGCAGAGGGAAUCUUAACAAUUCGUGAUCAAGAUUCGUCAUUCGAAGUUUUGGGAGUGAAAUAUUACUGGUAUGGAUUGCUUUACUCGUUCUGGAAAGGAUAUCGAACGUGCUACUAUCCUGCUGGAAGAGAUCCAGAAAUGGAAAAAGUUCGAUUUCCGGAUGGAUCACGAGUGAACGACAUAAUUUUUGGAUGCUACAAGUUUCAAAGGUGUUGUGGAACAGAAUGCUGCUUUGAAACUGUAAUUAAUGCUGCUGUAGGCUUGAUUUUUCUAAUUGGCUCAAUUUAUGUCUGCAUAUACCUUGUGAUAAAAAAUGCUCAAGAAGAACGUGCAAACGAAGUGGAUAUCCCGUUGAAUGAUAGGAAUCAAUGA